AUGAAUAUGUUCACAAGAAAGUUUCUGGUGAUCGAGAGGGGUAAUGAUAUUAAAGGUAAAGAACCUUUUUCAUUCUAUGUUAAUAACGAGAGAAUAGAAUUAUCAAAGGACGUCUCAAUUAUGAUUUCCAAACUCGUUCAUGAUGAAUAUUUACGCGACAGUUCAAUAAAAUCAGUGAGAAAAUAUUUGAAUCUAUCAUGCAACAAUACAAUAGACAUCAUUUCGGAAUUUUUCAAAACAGGUGUUCUCAGGUUUGAAAAUGAUCGAGCACACAAUCGGGAUUUAUUCGAAUUUAGCAGCGCAUUCGGUAUCGAAUAUUUGACAAACAUAUUUUGUGAAUAUGUUAAGUCAACAUAUCAAGAAAUCAACGAAGAAAACCUUUAUGAUAUCUUCGAUUAUGCAAGUGUUCAAAACGAUCAAAAUAAGAUUAACGAGUGUAUUUCGUUCUUUGCAUCAAGAAUGUUUAAUCUACAAGAAGAAUAUAAGAUCAAAACUAUCCAAAGAUAUGGAUAUGACUUUUUUGAGAGUGUUUUGAUAUCAGAAUCUCUUAAAAUAUCAAAUGAAGAUUCAUUGAGUGAAUUUGAUAAUUCAUUCUUCUCUAUUCUUGGCUAUGUCAGAGUUGAAUUUUGCAGUAAUGAUUCUAUCAAAUCCAUCAAAAACUUUUCAGUUAAACAUGGUUUAGAAUCUAUCUCAACGGAGGUUUUUGAGCGUGCACUCCUUAAUCGGUCUCAAAUUCCUCACAAUCUUGCACUUUCUAACACAAGCUACAUUAAUAAACCAGAGAUAACUGCGCCAAAACUCCAACUCUCCAACAUAAAUUACUUUAGUAGAGAAACUACCACUAAAUUCGAAAUUUCAAAUAUCAAAGAGCAUGAAAUCAAUGAAAAUACAUAUGAAAACAUGAGAAAAUUCGGAGGACUGAGAAAGACGAAAGAUAAUUUUAAUCAUAUUUAUGAAAUCAUUGAAAAGGCAUCUAAUGAAGGUGAUAUCUCAGCAAUCAAGUAUUCAGUUGAUGAAAAAUAUUCUGAUGUUUGCAAUGAAAAUGGAUAUAAUAUGAUUUGUGAAGCAGCGUGGCGGAAUAAUUUAUGUCUUGUGAAGCAUUUAUUUAAUAAUGGCGCUGAUAUGAGAAGUAGAAAUAUAGCCAAACAAACAAUUUUUCAUUCUCUUUAA